AUGCAGCUUCUGAAUGAUCGCUUGGCAUCCUACUUAGACAAGGUUCGCUCACUAGAGCAAGAAAAUGCCCAACUGGAGAGAAACAUCCGUGAGUGGUAUGAGAAGAAUCAACCCAGUGCUCUACCUGAUUUUAGCUGCUACUUUAGAACCAUUCAGGAGCUUCAAAGCCAGAUUUCAGCAACCACUGUGGAAAAUGCGCGACUUAUACUACAAAUUGACAACGAGCGCCUAGCAGCAGAUGACUUCAGAAACAAGUAUGAUAUGGAGCGCCAACUAAGUAACAGCGUUGAGGCCGAUGUGAAUGGCUUGCGUAUUCUCCUGGAAGAACUGAACCGUGAAAGAUGUGACCUGGAGAUUCAGGUUCAAAACCUGCAGGAUGAACUGCAGCAAAUGAAGAGGAACCAAGAGGAGGAAGCGAACUCUCUGCGAGCUCAGCUAGGCGCCAGAAUCAACGUAGAAGUAAAUUCAGCUCCAUCUGUAGAUUUCAACAGUACAUUGGCUGAGAUCCGGGAGCAAUAUGAGACCAUGAUGGAGAGAAACCUAAGAGAGGUGGAGACAAUGUUCCGGCAAAGGAGUGAAGACUUGAAUCGUGAAGUCGCAUCUGGCUCUGAGCAACUGCAGUCUGUGCAAACUGAAGUCAUUGACCUAAGACGGAACAUCCAAACAUUGGAGAUUGAACUACAGAGCCAGAUUAGCAUGAAAUCUGCUCUGGAGGGCACUUUAGCAGAGACGGAAGCUACAUUUAGUUCCCAGCUUGCCCAGUUACAAUGUUUAAUCAAUGAUGUGGAGUCUCAGCUGACACAGAUCCGAUCAGAUCUAGAACGUCAGAACCAUGAGUACAAGAUUCUCAUGGACCAGAAGUCCCACUUGGAGAUGGAGAUCGCCACUUACAAACGCCUUCUGGAUGGUCAUGAUAUACAGAUCUCAUCAUGCAGUGCAGACUCAUCAUGUCAAAAGCCAUGUACAUCACAAAUGCUAAUGAAUAACUGUCUCUUCCGGAGAGAUGCUGUGGAAGACAUACAAACUCUCUAA